AUGACUGUACAAAGCCCGACAAAGGACAAGGUUCUCACACCUUAUAUCAAAUCAUUAGUUCAGAACCCUCCUCAUUUUACUCCAGAUGAUUUGGCAUCGGUAAUAAAGCUUAUAUUUACCGACCGUGCGUCUGAAAUUCAAGUUGCAGCAUUUUUGACUUCAUUGAGACAACGCGAAUUGGACCACGAGUCAGUUUAUAUUGCUGCUGCAGUUAAAACAGUUUUAGAGUUUGCAGAGACUAUAGAGGAUCAUUUAGUUGAUGAAGCAGGUUACAUAGACAUUGUUGGUACUGGAGGAGAUGGUCAAAACACAUUCAAUGUAUCAACAUCAUCAGCUAUUGUUGCUGCAGGAAUGGGCCUACCUGUAUGCAAACACGGCGGAAAAGCCAGCACAUCUACUUCCGGAUCUGGAGACUUGUUAAAGUCUUUGGGUGUUGAUUUAGCCAAAAUAAAUGUGGUAACUUUGCCAGAUAUUGUGAAAAAAUCAAAAUUCUGUUUCUUGUUUGCACCAUCAUUCCACCCUGGAAUGGGGCUCGUGGCGAAUGUGAGAGCACAACUUGGAGUACCAACGAUUUUCAACAUAUUGGGUCCAUUGAUUAAUCCAAUUCCUAUUCAGUCGAGAAUCUUGGGUGUUUAUAGCGAAAAGUUGGGCGAAAACUAUGCUCAAGCUGCCUCCAUACUUGCAAAGAAGAGUCAUAUACACAAACGUACAAUGGUUGUAUAUGGGGAAUGUGUUUUGGACGAAAUUGCACCAACCGGUUAUACAAAGAUCUGGUUAGUUGAAAGAGAUGGAGAGAUUAAAAGGGAUCGCAUUUCACCCAAGGAUUUUGGACUCCGUGAACAUCCAUUAGAAGCUGUAAGGUCAGGGACUCCCGAUGAAAACGCUGAAAUACUAAACCAUAUAUUGAAACAAGAUGAAGAUGAGUACAAAGUGCGUGAGGAAAAUAGUAAUGCAUAUGUGGACUACAUUUUGCUAAAUACUGCCGCUCUUGCUUAUGUAUCAGGCAUUUGUGAUAACUGGGUCGAUGGUGUAAAAUUAGCAAAGGAGUCUUUGACAAGUGGGGAGGCGUUGAAGGCGUUGGAGGAUUUAAUAAAAGCAAUAGAUUGUGUAUAG